UUACUGCUGCAGCGUUGCCUCGACAACGAACACUGCGUUUAUGUGGUCCUCCUGAAGUGUCUCAGGGAACGUUUCAGCCUAACUAACUAAUAUACGCGUUAAAAAAGAUUUAAGUUCGCGUUUACAACAUAUAGAGACGGUUACUUGCUUCCGGUGUCUUAAUGUAGCUCGGUAAAUUUGGUUAAAGAUGAUAUCUAUUCACCAAAGUACACAGUUGGCGUGCGAAUAAAUCGGGUUAGUCAAUUAGCUUUCUAGCUAGCGUUAGCACGUCGAGCUAAUCUCCUUGCUUUAGAUAAUCCCAGUCUCUCUUCACCAUUACAAUCGUGUUCUAAUUUUACCAACGCGUUGUGAUUGACAGAUCAAGGUGGACUGCAACUAAUGAUCCCUGCAGUUUUAUAACCUACCUGGAACAUUUGCAGUAUACUUUCACCCCUUAAGAAAAAACACUCAGUGGAGAAAGAAGAUGGAGAUCAACCUUAAUCGAGUUGAUUAUAUUCAGGUUGGUGUGACAUCCCAGAAAACUAUGAGGCUGCUUCCAGCAUUGGGAAAAAAGGCAACCCAAAAGGUUGCUGUUGCUGAUCAUGAUGGUAUACUAACGUGUUUUGGGAUGAAGAAAGGAGAAGCAGUGCCCGUGUUUAAAACACUUCCAGGGCAGAAAAUAGCCAGAAUGGACCUUGGAGGAGCUGCAGGAACUCCACAGGAGAAGAUUUUUGUUUGUUCUGGUUCUCAGGUCCGAGGAUUCACCAAGAAAGGCAAACAGUUUCUCACCUUUGAAGCCAACCUCACUGAGAGCAUUAACGCCAUGCAUGUCUCAGGUGCUGAUCUUUUUGUGUGUGCGAGUUACAUCUACAACCACUACUGUGACUGCAAGGACCAAAACUACUACCUCUCUGGGGACAAAAUCAAUGAUAUCAUAUGCUUGUCCUCGGAAAAUGUGACUCGCCUUGUCCCGGUCCUGGCCUGCCAAGAUCGGGUUCUCAGAGUCUUGCAGGGAUCCGAGCUUGCCUAUGACAUUGAGGUCCCUGGCCCUCCAUCUGUCUUGGAACUGUACAAUAAAGACGGAGGAGAGGAAAUCCUCUGUGGAACUACAGACGGCAAUAUAGGAUUGGUCCAGAUCGGUGAGUGCUCAGCUGCGACCAAAUGGGAGAUUGAUAACGACAAAAAGAAAGGAGGAAUUCUUUGCAUCGACGCUUAUGACAUUAUGGGAGACGGUGUAAAUGACAUCCUGGUGGGAAGGGAUGAUGGGACAGUUGAGGUCUAUGGGUUUGACAGCGCCAAUGAGCCCACAUUACGCUUUGAACAUGUUUUGUCAGAGAGCGUGACUUCCAUCCAGGGUGGCUGCGUGGGGAAGGAGUCUUAUGAUGAGGUCUUGACUGCCACUUACACAGGAUGGGUAACUGGUUUGACCACUGAGCCCCAGAAGGCUGAAGCCGGCCCCGGAGAUGAGGUCAGAAUGAGUAAGGAGAUCCAGUCCAAAGUAGAAGCACUCAGGGCAGAGCUGGAGCAGCUGCAGGUCAAAGUCAAGCAGGGCCGUGAGCAGUACCAGCAGACCUCUCAGUCGAGCACAGCCGUCUCUGCUGUGCCCGUCUUUAGCAUCAAUGACAAGUUCACCCUCUGCCAGGACGAUGCUAGCUACAACCUCACUCUUGAGGUGCAGACAGCCAUCGACAACCUGCUGCUCCAGAGUGACGUCCCCAUAGACCUGCUGGAUGUGGAUAAGAACUCAGCUGUUGUCAGUUUCAGCGAAUGUGAUUCAGAGCAGCCUAAUGGGAACUUUCUCCUGGCCACAUACAGAUGUCAGGCUAACACUACCAGACUCGAGCUCAAGGUGAGGUCCAUCGAGGGACAGUAUGGGACCCUGCAGGCUUAUAUUACCCCCAGACUGCAACCCAAGACAUGCCAGGUCCGCCAAUACCAGAUCAAACCUCUGUCCCUCCACCAACGGACACACAGCAUAGACCAAGAAAGGCCUAUGAACAGGCUCAGUCUGGUGGGACAGUUCAGUUUUGCUGAGAUCCACUCCUGGGUGGUCUUCUGUUUGCCAGAGGUGCCCGAGAAAACACCAGCAGGAGAGAGCAUCACUUUCUAUUUCCAUAACACGUUUCUUGGGACACAGCUUGAAGCCACCUACUGCAAAGGGGAGGGUCACUUCAAGUCAGACAACAUCUCUACCAUCUCUAUACUGAGUGAUGUUCUCUCUAAAGAAGCCACCAAGAGGAAAAUCAACCUGAACAAUUCAUAUGAUAUCAACGAUGAGUCUGUGAGUCACACCCUGAAGAUGAUACAUCCAAAGCUGGAAUACCAGUUGUUGUUGGCUAGAAAGGUUCAGCUUAUCGAUGCACUUAAAGAGCUUCAGGUUCAUGAGGGGAAUGCUGACUUCCUCAUCCCAGAGUAUCGCAACAUCUUGGAUGAGUCCGCUAAUCUCCUUGAGGAGUACAAGAAACAGCCAGCGCACCUCGAGAGGCUUUAUGGAAUGAUCACAGACCUCUUCAUCGACAAAUUCAAGUUCAAAGGCCAGAAUGUGAAGACCAAGGUGUCCUCGUUGCUGGAGAUACUCGAUAAUUAUGACUUAAAUUCUCUGUUAGACUUUUUCAAUGAGGCAUGAUAUCAUGUAGAUCAGAGGGUAAUAUUUACUUGUCCUGGAGUGUCUUUAUUUGUGCUAUUUUUGUAUUGUAAAUACAAAACGUUUUGUUGUAUGGUAGUUACUAGCAGUGACAAUGUCAUGGUGUCAUUUAGAUACUUUUUGUCCUAAUAAUAGUGUACAUUAUUUAAAUAUUUAUAAUAUAUUUUGUUAGCAUCUAAAAAACAAAGGUAGUGAUUAAUAAACCACUACAAGGUUGCCAGCUUCCUCUUUUUAUUGGUGACUAAGUUUUGGUUGAGGUUUGAAAUUUCACACACUGUUAAAAGCACACAAAAUGUAUGUUUUUAUAACACCAUUACCAUAGCACUGUGAGUUCCUCCUCUUGAAAUAAAAAUGUUAUUUGUAA